AUGUCGCUCAAACAAGAAAUCGAGACCUGGGUGCAGGCCUUGGACGCUUAUGACAACCAAGAAUUCGAGGAAUCCUUGCGAUUCUUUGACCAGAUCGCCGAUACUUCCAAGAUCUUGUUCAAUUGCGGAGUGAUUUAUGCAACGUUAGGAGAGCACGAUAAAGCGGUAGAAUGCUAUCAACGUGCUGUCGGCUUAGACCGGUAUCUAGCGAUUGCUUACUUCCAGCAAGGCGUGUCCAACUUCUUGCUCGGGGACUUUGAAGAGGCAUUGGCCAACUUCAAUGAUACCUUGUUGUAUCUCCGGGGAAACACUUCAAUUGACUAUGAGCAGUUGGGUCUGAAGUUCCGUCUCUUCUCGUGCGAGGUCUUGUUCAAUCGAGGCCUCUGCUAUAUCUACCUACGGCAGAUGAACCCAGGCAUUCAGGAUCUCGAAUAUGCGUCGAAAGAGAAGGUCACCACAGACCAUGAUGUAAUUGACGAUGCAAUUCGCGAGAACGCAGAUGGAUACACCGUAUUCUCAAUCCCAGUCGGAAUCCUCUAUCGUCCCAAUGCAGCAAAAGUCAAGAAUCUCAAGACGAAGGAUUACCUCGGCAAGGCUCGACUGGUCGCUGCAUCUGAUCGUAACCAAUCAUCAGACCAUCAAUGGAAACCAAUGGUGAUUGAUAAAGCUGCACUUCAAGAACGUGAAGGAGUAUCCUACGCUGCAACCAAUCUGGUACACAAAAACCUCAGCAGCCGCACCCGUCAGCACUCCGAGCCCCCUCUAAACCGUAACUUAUUCCCACCAACACCACCACCAGAUGACCGAUCCGUCAGCACGGCUUCAGGCUCAGGAGGCCACUCAUCAGGCCACCAUCGAUCAUCAUCCCUCCGAGGCGUGCGCCCACCACGCCUCGACUUAGACCGAACAGGCGCCAGCCUAGACCGUCGUCAAGAGCAAGCACUCACCGAGAAACCCCGAGUAGGCACAACACGCACAGCAUCAGAGCCCCGCGGACCCUCCAAGCAAAGCAACAUGCGCGGUUUCGGAGAACCCCGCCAAUGGACCCAACAGUCCAGCCACAGACGAAAUCUCAGCGACACAAACACAAACGCAACCUACCCCCCAGACCAAGUCUACGGACACCACGACCAGUACGAUCCAUACACAAGCCAACGCAAUCUAGCAAACACAGGCUGGGGCCGCGGCUCCCGUCACCAACCACCACAAUAUAUAGAAGAAGAAGAAGAAGAAUACGGCAGUGACGCAUGCGACGCAGCCACGCUUAACGACGGAUCCUUCGAACUAGUCAACACAGCCGUUUCUGGCGGCCCGAAUCAUUCAUCCCAACAACGACGUACACGCUCACCAACCCGUUUCUCGCGCCAUGCCAACCCCCGCAGACCGGAGAUCCAGAAAUUCCGCACAAAGGUCCAUGCCCCGGAUGACACAAGGUAUAUCAUGAUCGGGCCGUCGAUUGAGUUUGCGGAGUUUGAGAAUCGUAUCCGGGAGAAGUUCGGCUUUAAGUGUCCGCUUAAGAUGAAGGUACAGGAUGACGGGGAUAUGAUAACUAUGGUUGAUCAGGAGGAUUUGGACUUGUUGUUUACUUCUGCGAGGGAGGUUGCUAGGAGGGAGGGGAGUGAGAUGGGGAAGAUGGAGAUAUGGGUUGAGGAGCGGUCGAUGAUUUGA